AUGUCCGGCUGGCACGGUCACAGAACCCCCAGCCCAAGCCCUGACCGAUUCAACAUCGACAGACCCUCAACACCCCGCCGCGCCGUCCGAUUCCGCAAACCAGAGAUCGACUCCAAAUACACCUACACAGACCCAGACUCAGACUCAGAUUCCGACGCUGACACAAACAGCACCAUCUCCAUAGAAAGGCCCCCACCAGCACUCGAAUCACCAGAGCCACCAAUGUAUUCACGAGGCCGAAGCCGAUGCAGUCGUCCAAGGGCUGUUCAAGCACCGGGGCCGAAUUCACAGGCCACCCACCCCCAUACUCCCAGACUCAGUCGCAAACCCACGAGCACGCCCAUUCCCAUUCCCACUCGCACACCUGCCCGGGCUCCCCCCAUCCCCGCGCGGGACCCGUUGGAAAUGGGGCCUGCGGCUGCAGCUCCGGCUCCGGACAUGGAAAUGGACAUGGAAAUGGAAAUGGCCACUGGCAUGGACACGGGCACGGUCAUGGUCAUGGUCAUGGUCAUGGUCAUGGUCAUGGUCAGGCACCAAACCCACCCUCGUCCUCAUCCUCCUGGCAAUGGUCGAGAUCCUGCACUUGUGAAAACCAGUGGGAUUGUCAGUGUCAGUGCCAGGAUGACGGGCUUAUAA